UUCAAACAUAAAUUGAACUCUAGUCGGUGACAAGUCCACCUACAUUGUGAUGUAUGUGAAUGAAGUAUAACCGUGACAUUUAGCAUUACAACUUCAGUACGAGAAUUUUGCAACAGAGGGUGAAAAGAUUCUUGAAUCUUGGUCCCCAGAAGCUUCAUAACCCAACCAAAGAAAGCUUAGAAAGUGUAAAAGGCUUGUUCUCUUACAAUGGCAUUGGCAAGGAUUGCUAGGGCCAACUUCAGAAAAUCAAGAGGUGCUUAUGGUAGUUAUGCGAGUGAGAAGGAUUUAUUCAAGGUGGGAGGAUACACAAGGAUACAGGACACAACUUCCCAUGUAAAUUUCAAUUCAGAUGGGAAGUUUUCAUAUGUUCCAACAAUUAAGGAACAUAACUUCGUGAACUUUGCAAUGAGGGGAAUAUCAGGAACUCCAUACUAUCAGUUUCCUUCUGCUAACUCACAGACGGUUGUUGAGGAGUCAGAGUUAGAGUUGGAGAAUGAUCAGGGAAGAUAUGCAGGACUAGAUGCAACAAAGCCAGGUGAAAAGCCUAGGGUGGUUGUUCUUGGUACGGGUUGGGCUGCGUGUCGGUUCCUCAAAGGGCUUGACACCAAAAUCUAUGAUGUUGUGUGCAUAUCACCGAGAAAUCACAUGGUUUUUACUCCUUUGCUGGCUUCAACAUGUGUUGGAACCCUGGAAUUCAGAACUGUUGCUGAGCCUGUCACCAGAAUACAAGAUGCAUUAGCAAAAGAACCAAACUCCUUCUUCUUUCUAGCUUCUUGCACUGGCAUCGACACAGGCAAACAUGAAGUCUAUUGUGAGGCAGUCAACAAUGGUGGAUUGCCUCGAGAGCCUUACGAAUUUAAAGUCGCGUAUGACAAGCUUGUCAUUGCAGCAGGAGCCGAGGCUUUGACUUUUGGUAUCAAGGGAGUAGCAGAAAAUGCCUUUUUUCUUCGUGAUGUGAACCAUGCUCAAGAAAUAAGGAAGAGACUUCUCCUUAAUCUGAUGCUUUCGGAAAAUCCAGGCAUAUCGGAAGAAGAAAAGAAACGCCUUCUACACUGUGUAGUUAUUGGAGGUGGCCCUACAGGAGUGGAGUUUAGUGGUGAAUUGAGUGAUUUCAUCACGAGGGAUGUUCAUGAGCGUUAUACUCAUGUCAAAGAUUACAUUCACGUUACACUGAUUGAGGCAAAUGAGAUACUAUCAUCCUUUGAUGUUAGCUUACGACAAUAUGCAACAAAGCACUUAACAAAGUCUGGGGUCCAUCUUAAGCGAGGUGUAGUGAAGGAAGUGCAUAGCAAAGAGAUAAUUCUGAGUGAUGGAACAAAAGUUCCUUAUGGCCUCUUGGUCUGGUCCACAGGAGUUGGUCCUUCUGAGUUUGUGAAAGCCUUAAAUCUUCCUAAAUCUCCAGGCGGAAGAAUCGGUGUAGAUGAAUGGUUGCGUGUUCCUUCUGUGGAAGAUGUCUUUGCCCUUGGAGAUUGUGCUGGUUUUCUUGAACAAACUGGAAGGCCUGUGCUUCCAGCUCUAGCUCAGGUUGCUGAAAGGGAGGGGAAGUUUCUUGUGGAGCUGUUCAACAAAAUUGGGAAGCAGAAUGGAGGAAAGGCUUUCUCUGCAAAAGGGAUGCCACUUGGAGAGCCUUUUGUGUAUAAGCAUAUUGGGAGCAUGGCAUCUGUAGGUGGCUACAAAGCACUGGUUGAUCUACGAGAGACAAAGGAUGCAAAGGGGUUGUCACUUGCUGGUUUUGUUAGCUGGAUGAUAUGGCGCUCCGCAUAUCUUACACGUGUCCUUAGCUGGAGGAACAGGCUUUACGUGGCAGUAAACUGGGCCACCACAUUAGUCUUUGGCAGAGACAAUAGUAGGAUAGGUUGAAAUUUCAUUGCAAGCAAAACCAGUUGAUAGUUUUUCCUUGUUAUUUUGGCUAAGUCUUUGGUCCAUGCAUUCAUUCCUUUUGGGAAAAUUACAAUUUCUUCAUGAAAUUAUCAUUAUUUAAAAAAUAUAUAUAUACUACAACAAGUAAUGUAAUUUGUAAUUGUAAACACAUUUCAAAUAAACGCUUCAAUAUGGUUGAAUGUUAAAGUAUUGUCAACCUUCCAUUGAAUGCAUUUUUCACAUUUUUCACUCAUUGCAAAAUUUUGUAUACUACACCAAGGAUAUCUCUAAAUAAAACGCAAAAGUAAAAUUAUGUAUUACAACAAUGAAAUGAUUGGAUGGUAUUGAAAAACAAACACCAAUCUAUCUCUAUAGAAUUAAAUAAUUAUGAGCUUUGUACAAUUGAUUUGUUCACAAAAUAGAAGCAACCCUCGAUCACAAUCCUCUCUUUUUACAGUUUCUCAAAAUGGUCAAAAAAUCAGUGACGAGAAAACUCAAGAUAAAUGAAGAACACAUCGUGUAGUAAUGGCGGAGAAGACAGAAGAGACACUAUGAAACAAGCCCACCAUAAUUCCCAACUUCACUUGGCCCCUUUUCGGAAUCAAACGGCCAGAAAUAUUGCUCUUGGACAAAUAAUUCUUGUUCAUCAAAUCCCUUCUCUUAAUCACCACCACUUGAACACCCAUCACUUUCUUUUCCCUUCUUCUUUAACCUCUUCGCCCUCAACAACCACACACAAAACAACACAAAGCUUAUCACGGUUGUACCAAGUGAUUCCAAGAGUUUCCACUUAUAUAGAGAUGAAGUGAAGUUUAGUUACAAAAAAGCCCCUUCUUUUCUACUAAACUACCACUUCUUUUCCCUUAUAUUGUUUGAUUUCAAUUCGUGAUACUCUCUCUCUCUACUCUUGUGGGUUUAAAAUAAUUG